AGAACCAGCUGGCGGAGAAGUUUGUCUCCACCGGGCCUCCGUAGAACCGAAGAACGUCUUUCCUAACUUUUCUAAUAACCCGGAGAGGAGCUGCGGGCCCCGGUUGGCCGGAGGGGUGUUCCGCAGGGAGCUGAACUGAUUUCCAGGUGAGGUCCUGCCUCCCGGAACUACCUGUUCCACCUGGAAACUUUGGAGCCGCGGGCAGCCUGGCUGGGAGCGCUGCAUGCUGGGAGGACCGAGCAGCUGACGGACUCCACCUUCAGCUCCAGCCGCCUCACGCCGCCCAGCCGGCCGCCGCUGACCACCGCUGGACACCGCUGUCUUCUCAUCGAGUCAUGGACCUGCGGGACCGGAACCUGACGGUGUAGCCCAGGUGACUCAGCGGCGCAUCAUGGAACCCGGCGUGAUCCGCCUGUUCUCGUCGUCACCGCCGCCGAUGGAGGACGGCGGCGAGGAGGAGGACGAUGAGUUCGGGGACUUUGACGCGUUCUCCGGCGUUCCCAGCAGCAUCAGCUUCUCAGAGUUCGACACGCCGACCACCUUCAACCAGAGCCAGGCGCUGGACGCCACGUCCCCCCCCGACGUCCACAGCGGCGCCGUGGCGGGCCUCGGCCGCGCCGCCGCCAACGGAUCCUGCGUCCCCGAGCUGACCAAGGCCAACGGCGUCGGGCCCCUGGACGGCAGUCCCUCAGAAAGGACUGAGACGAGGAAGACGGUGUCCUCCUCGCUGGACUGCAACGGGCGGGACACGGAGGUUCUGACUAACGGGUUUGGGACCGAGGACCCUCAGGACCCGGGGGCCAGCCCCGAGGGCCACUUUGCAGAUUUCGCCUCGUUUUCCGGCUCCGAAGGGCCGAGCGAGACGGACAGUCGGCCGCAGACGGCCGUCCUGGACGGCGAGACGGAGCGGCGAGCGUCCCCCGAGGACGCGGUCAGGGACAGAGUCCAGGCGCCCGCGGGCUCCUGCAACACAGACCGGGGCCCCCAGAGGGCCGCUGUGACCCCGGAGCCCUCAGACUCUGAUUGCACGGCGGACCGUCUGUCCCUGAACGGGGACAGUGGGGGGGACGGGGAGCCGGCGGGGGACACGGACGGCGGGGGGGACGGGGAGCCGGCGGGGGACACGGACGGCGGGGGGGACGAGGAGCCGGCGGGGGACGGGGACGGCGGGGGGGACGAGGAGCCGGCGGGGGACACGGACGGCGGGGGGGGCCAGUCGGACGAGAAGAGCUCGGAGACGUCUCUGGGACGCCUGCUGUCCACGGACGCCCUGGAGGAGCUGGGGGACAUGAGCACCACCGGCUCCGUGCCGUCGCCCCCCCCACAGGGGGCCACGCCCCCCGAGGACGACUUUGCAGACUUCGAGCAGCUGGAGGUCCAGAAGGAACCGGACUCCCUGCCGGGUUCUGGUUCCGCUGCAGAACCCGGCGGCGCCGAGCAGGACGACGACUUCGGGGACUUCAACUCCCCCCGGCGUCUCAGCGGCGGGCGCCAGGCGGACUUCCCCCCCAGCGACAGCUUUGGGAACUUCAGCGCCGCCGAGGAUUCUGGGUGGAGCGCCUUCGGCGAGCAGCAACAGGCGGGGGAGGGGGAGGAGGCCUGGGCGGCGUUCAGCUCGGUGCCGAGCGCAGACGAAGCGGGUCGGGAAGGUCCGAGUCCUGCCGUCAGCGAGGACACGGGCAGCACCGGGACACACCUGGUGGCGCUGUCCAGCCGUCUGCAGACGUUGUUCCUCAGCUGUUUCCCCGCAGACGCCCCCCCGAGCCAGCAGGAGGACCGGGUUCUGACGCUGGGGGUUCUGCUGGAGCCCGGAGGGGACCGGCCGGCGCCCAGAACCCAGGAGCGGUCCGGAUGGAGCCGGUCGGCGCCGGGCGGCGUGUGGACGCAGCUGCAGGACGUCCAUGAAGCUCUGGGGCUGCGGUACCAGUGGGGGGGUUCCCACUGCAACAAGGUUCUCCUCUGCUGCCUCGGCAUCGACACCAGAAACAUCCUGUUCACCGGACAGAAGAAGCAGCCGGUCAUUGUGCCGAUGUACGCCGCCGGCCUGGGGAUGCUGGAACCGACCAAAGAGCCCGUGAAGCCCGUCUCUGCUGCAGAGAUGAUCGCCUCCAUCGCUCAGACGCCUCCUGCAGCCGCGGAGAAGAGCUCGUGUCCGUCGGACCCGGCGCAGGAGGCGCUCCCGCCGGUCCAGUUCGACUGGAGCAGCAGUGGCCUUACCAACCCUCUGGACGCCAGCGCCGGCUCGGCUCUGCUCAACCUGGAUUUCUUUGGUCCGGUGGAGGAUUCAGGCUCCAGCAGCUCAGCCUCCAUCCCAGGUGUGGACCCGGAGCUGUUUGAGCUCACCACCGCCAAGCUGGACUCCAGCGGUGCGGGCAGCCGGGUGGCCGACGCCUUCGCCCGCCUCAUGUCCACCAUGGAGAAGACCAGCACGUCCACCAGGAAGCCCAGGAAAGACGAGAACCUGAGUGAAGAGGCCUCCAAGGUGAUCGCAUCGCUGCCCGACCUCUCCUUCAUGCAGGCCAAGGUGCUGAUGUUCCCCGCCACGCUGACGCCGCUCUGCUCGCAGGCCACGCCCCCCGACUAAAGCCCCGCCCACUACACAACUGGACCGGCCCAUUUAACACGCAUCACUUCCUCAUUUAGAUGUUAACCUUUGUGAUUAUUUUUUUUUCCCCCUCUUUUAGUUCCUCUGAAUAAAGUUCAGCAUUUCUGAUGGGGGUGUGUACAUAAUCAGGGAUUCAUGUUUGAUUUGGAUGAUUCUGCUUUUAUUUUGGCGGGAUUGUGAAGGAAACACUGGCUGAAGCGCUUAAACAGAAGUGGAACACUUAGAAGUCUAUAAAGUAUGAGUUGUUACGUUUCUAUAAACAUAUAGAGUCUUUAUAAAUCUAUUUAUGGACUUGACACCACACUGCCUGCAGAAUCCGGCUGAAUGUUCGUCCCUCGUUCCGUUCCGAGGCCUUAGUUCCCCGUGUCCUGCGGCUGCGCUCCAUCCACCGUCUGAAGCUGUCCUUCCUGUCCGUCCGCUUUGGGUCGGAACCACAGAGUUUGGGCCAGUGAAGGAGUUAAGGGACCAACCUGUCUGUGUGUCUGUUGUUUUUUUGUUCUUUGCUCAUACUACUGUCGCCGUCUCCCAGGAGGAUUUUGCACAUUGUAAAGAUGAAUUGGAUGUAAUCAUAGUUCACUGUGGCUUUAGACCGUGUACAGGUAAACUAUGGACUGUAAAUGUUCCCGGGACUUCCCAUGGAAAACCGCUGAAUCACAGGAGAACCUGUGAGGAGGUCACCAUGCAUGCUCGGGUGCUUUUCAGACUGGAAACGUGUAAAUUUUAGUGUACACAAGAAAUUAAAAUAAUUUAAGAGGAA